UGUUAAUUAUCAAAUAAACAUCAUUACUCCGUGUGAUCCCUGCAACAUCCCUCAAUCUAUUUGACCCUAUCCCCUUGCCACACACCAUCACCCCCCUUCCUCCCAACCAAUCGCCAGUGAUUCGUGGUCCUCACGAGCAUGGCCAAGAAGAAGAAUAAAAAGAAGAAUAACUUCAGCCCCUUUUCAUUUGAAGAAAACCCCAAAGCCAAUCCGACAGAUGGCGCCCAUGAAGUACGCACAAAUCCCUCAAUUCCAGUAUCAGAGGUUUGACGAGCAUCGUUAUCAAACGUAUGAUCGUCAAACCCUGGGCUUUACAUAUCAUCCUAUUGUCCCUAAGCCCAUCGUUACUUUACCGGCAGAGCCCAAUAAUAAAGAAAUUACUGACACCGAUCCGGAAAAGGCGAACCCUGAGUCGGUCGCCGAGGAGACCCCGGCUGCCCCUGCCGAAGAGUCCCCUUCGCCCGAACCUGAGAACCAGGACUCUGCAGAUAAAGCAGCUGAGACAGAAGCCCCAGACUCGGCUAUUGAUCUUGAACCAAAAGCCGCCGACGGCGAGAACCAAGAGAGUAUCUCAGAACCAACCCCAGAGCCAAACGACUCUGGAAAUUCUAGCGAGGAUGCUGGAAAGCAAGAUGAGGCUGUAGACGAGAAUGUCGCGGCUGACGAUGCUGCCGAUUCUCCAGCCGAGGACGAACCACUCGCCGAAGAUGCAUCCCCAUCAGAAGAAGCCGUUCCUGCAGAAGCGCCACCAGAAGAGGCGCCUGCGGCUGCGGAUACAUCGACAGAGGAUUCACCAGCGGGAGAUUCGUCAACUGAAGCUACUUCAGUAGAGGAACCGGGGAUAGAAGAGGCUGCAGCAGAAACUCAUACAGAAGAUCCUCCAACAGACGCUUCAGCGGCAGAAGCGGUAGCAGAUGAUACUAAAGCAGAAGAAUCCCCAGCAACAGACACUCCUGCGGAAGAAAAUCCGACAGAAGAAACUCAGAAUGAAGAAGCCGCAGCGGCAGACGCACCGGCUGGGGAUGCGCCAGCACCAGAAGAUUCCCCCCUCAAGAUGAGGCAGCAGUAGAAACACCAACAGAACACGCCGAUAAUCCAGAAGAAUCUCCAAAAGAAGAGCCCUCAACGGAAAAAGACGAAAGUUCAGAUGCUGCACCACCACCUACUGCCGAAGAAACCCCAGCAAAGACUGAGGAUAACUCCAAAGACGACAGCUGGAAGGGUGUCGGUAAAAAAGGCAAGAAAGACAAGAAGGGUAAGAAGAACAAGGGGGUUUUCGUGAUACCAAACGAGGAAAAGAC